AUGAUGUACGACAGCAGGCAUGGCUCCCUAUGGAAGGGGCUGAUGUGCCUUUUGACAUUGAGUCAAUUGCCUCUUGUGAGCGCGCAGGUCGCCGAGGUCGAAAAGGCCACCAAUGCCAGCUUACUAUGGGGACCUUACCGACCCAAUCUGUAUUUUGGUGUCAGGCCGCGGAUACCCAAGAGUUUGAUGGGAGGUUUGAUGUGGACGCGGGUUGAGGACUAUCAGAGCGUGCAGAGUAACUUCCGACACACAUGCGAACAACACGAGCUUGACGGCUAUGGUUGGGAUGAGUAUGACGUACGCAGCGGCGGCCGACAGACGAUUCACGACCCUGCCAACAAGAUUGACAUCACCACCGAGUUCAUCAAAUUCCCAGGCGGAGAACACGGCGGCAGUUGGGGUGCGAGGAUCAAAGGCACACCGCGCGAGGACGCCGGGCCAAACCUACGGACCACAGUCCUCUGGUACAAUACGCUUGAAGGUCUGGGAAGCCUGGAAAUCGCAGAUGCGGACCCAGAGGAAAAGGGCAUCCAGGGCGACGUCGUCCUGAAGGGACAGACCAACGAACUGGGCGACUUCGAGGUCAGAAUCACUGAGGGCAAUGGCAAUCACCCAGUCACCAACCAUCCGAGCUACGAUGAUAAACCGCUGGAUCGAACAUUGGCACAUAGUGGACAAGUCCCUAUUGAGGCGCUAUGGCAGGUCAAGACCAUGCUGUUUGCACACAUGAAAGGCCAGAUAGAUGUCUUGGUCCAGAAGUGGGGAGAGGAGAAUCCCCCGCCGCCUGCCCAGGUCUACACAAUCCAGCAUCUGCCUGGCCAGGGAAACAUGCACUUGGUCCAGAAGGUCUUUGAGGGUCCUUUCGAGUUUGAUGUCAUCUUUUCGUCUGGCUCUGCACCAACUAAGAUUACGUCUGAAGACUUGACUGUACAGAUCGACUCUGUCACCUCGGGCUUCUCAGCACGCUUUACAGACAUCUUCAAGCCUCAGGCUCCCUUUCUCAAGGAGCGCUUCGACGAGUUUUCAAAGUCUCUAUUCUCCAACCUCAUCGGCGGUAUUGGCUACUUCUUUGGCGACUCUCGUGUGGAUCGCUCUUAUGAUCCCGCAUACGAGGAGGACAGCGAGGGCUUCUGGGAAGAGGCUGCUGAAGCGCGUGCCAGGAACCAGGCACAAUUCGAGGGGCCUUCAGAACUAUUCACCGCUAUUCCCUCGCGGCCCUUCUUCCCUCGAGGCUUCCUCUGGGACGAAGGCUUCCACCUACUGCCCAUCAUUGACUGGGACGCUGACCUUACUCUUGACAUCAUCAAAAGCUGGUUCAAACUCAUGGAUGAGGAUGGCUGGAUUGGUCGUGAGCAGAUUCUUGGUCCUGAAGCUCGUAGCAAGGUGCCUGAGGAAUUUCAGGUUCAAUACCCUCACUACGCCAACCCACCGACACUCUUCAUGGUCCUCACUUCGUUCCUCGACAAGCUCGACGCUGUGAAGACAGACACCAGCAGCGAGAAGCUACAGCAGGAGAAGUCCUACUCGUUGCAACUGUCAAACCGUGAAGCAGCACUAGAGUACCUUCGCUCCCUCUACCCAUUGCUCAAGCGCAACUACUUCUGGUACCGCAAGACGCAAGCCGGCGACAUCAAGAGCUACGACCGCGAGGCCUUCUCUACCAAGGAAGGCUACCGCUGGCGUGGACGCACACCUGCCCACAUCCUCACAUCCGGCCUUGACGAUUACCCGCGCGCCCAGCCUCCUCACCCGGGUGAGCUACACGUCGAUCUCAUCAGCUGGAUGGGCAUGAUGACACGCGCCAUCAAACGCAUCGCAGUUUACCUCGACGAAAAAGACGACGCCGCCGAAUUUACCCGCUACGACGAAGCCAUCGUACGCAACAUUGACGACCUCCACUGGUCCAAGAAGGACAAGACAUACUGCGAUGCUACAAUCGACGACUACGAGGAACACGUGCUCGUCUGCCACAAGGGAUAUAUUUCCCUAUUCCCCUUCUUGACAGGCUUGAUGGACAGGGAUAGUGGGAAACUAGGCGAUAUUCUCGAUCUCAUCGAGGACGAGGAGCAGCUGUGGAGUCUGUAUGGUAUCAGAAGUCUGAGCAAGAGCGACGAGUUUUAUCAUACUGCCGAGGAUUACUGGAGGGGUCCGGUUUGGAUGCCGAUUAAUUAUUUGGCUGUUUCGCAGUUGCUCAAUCUCGCACAAACACCCGGAAAGUACCAAACCCGCGCUACGAAGAUGUACACCGCGCUCCGCAAGAACCUCGUUGAGACGGUGUAUGAGAGCUGGAAGGAAACGGGCUUCGCGUGGGAGCAAUACAACCCCGAGACUGGAAAGGGACAGAGGACACAGCACUUUACCGGCUGGACGAGUUUGGUCGUCAAGAUUAUGGCUAUGCCGGAUCUGAGUGAUGGUGCGGAGAGGGCGAGGGAUGAGUUGUAG